UCCAAAGAAAGUUAAAUGUGCCAUUUUCCAGGAAAUUUCAAGGAAGAGAAAAGGGAAUCUCUCUCUCUAAAAGAAGAGAUUAUAAAUAGAGGGUGGAGGGCUGAAGCUUACUCAUUCAAUCCAUUAUUGGAAACAAAGGAAGAGAUCAUGAAUACAAAGGGUUGUAUGCUUCUUUGCAUUCUCCUCCUUUCCAUUCUUCUCAUCCCUAGUAAAAUAUCAGCAAGCCGGAUGCUCUACAAUUCCCAUGUAGAUCAACCGGAGGCCAGCCAUCAGGUGGAUGCAGUCCCCGUCACACCUCUUGAUCCGAAUAAACCUGCCAAUGGUGGUGGUGGACGCGGCCGCCCCUAUACUCUACCAUGCACCAAAGUUUACCCUUGCGAACCACCCGGUCCUUAAUACA